AGCUAUUCAAAUUGACAACGAAACGAGCAAACAAAUAAACAAAUUGUGUAAAAUAUUUAAAAAAUUGCCGCAGCGGGGAUGUAUUGCAAUUUAUUUUAGCCAGUGUUGGAGAGCGCUACAGUCGUCGUGCAUGCUCGAGAACAAGAAGGUGACGGACUCCCUAGUAGCGAUUUGAUAAACUUUUCGAAAUUUGUGUGCGCUGAAUUUGAAUUUCAAAGAUUCAGUUUUCAGCCCUUCAUUUUCCUAUACUUCUGCGCUUUUUAAAUAUUUAUUUAAUUUGGACAAUUUUCGUACGCCUAUGAAAAUGCGAGUGUUACUGAAACGACAUAAGUAAAGUGACAGAAUGAGCCUCAAUAUUAUGAGUUUUAUUAAAUAGUAAUGAGUAAAGUGCCUAACAAAAAUUAAAUGCCCAAUUUUUUUUUUUGAGACGGACCAGAGAAAUCGUUCAACUUCGUCCCUUUUCCAGCACUAGAACCGGCUUUAAGUAUCGCCGCGCGUUACCGCGCAGUCUUUUUUGUUGUUUUCGGUCCGCUGAAGGGCGCAGACAAGCAGACAGGACAGAAAGGCAAAUUCUGAAAUUACAUUAAUGCAAUCGUGUCUGUAGAGAGCAUUUAACGCGUGCCACACUAUUGCAUAAUGCCCCGCGCCAAGACGGUAAAGAAACAAGCGGAAACUGCGGUGUCUGAGCCCGCUGAGCCCACUCCAAAUGGCAACUCCCAUGAAAACCCAUCAACCGACUCUGCAGUCGGGGCAUCUCCGACGAAGGGAAAGCCACGCUCAAGGAAAGCGUCUAAGGCCGCGGCAGCUGUGGAUGUUAUCGAAAUUGAAGCGGAAGUCGGAGCAGAAAAACCGCUGCUGGCAGCUGCACGCGGCAAGAAGAAACAGCCAAAGGAUACGGACGCCGAAAUUGCAGAAGUCAACCCGAGGGGACGCGGCAAGAAGGCAAGUGCUAAAAAGGUAGAGAAGGUUGAUCCACCCGCGGGUAAGGCGCCCAGGUCGCGGGCCAACAAGGAGUCUACUUCCGCCCCAGAGGAAGUGGCACCGCCGGAAUCGUCUAGGGGUCGUUCAAAGCGCGAAAAGACCCCUGUUGUCGAGGAACCAAAAGCAAGGGGACGUAAGCGAAAGGAGUCUUCAGUAGAAGCCAAUGGCGGUGAGUCGGAGGUGCAGGCAGCUGAACUACCAAAGCGGAGGGCCAAGAAAGAACCACCCCAGCCGCCGAUCGAAGAGGAGUUAGAACAGGAGCCAGUGGCAGCCCCCAAGAACAAGGUGAAGAAAGCUGGUCCAGCUGCCAAGCGGCAACGCGGAACCAAGGGACUGGCUGACUCGGAAAUCACAGCUGCCCUUGAGGAUGAAGAGGAGGAACCGGAAGCAGAGCCUCAAAAAGCGGUAAAUAAGCGAGCCAAGAAGCCGAAGGCUGAACGACCCGACGUCGGUGCUGAUGGGGACUCUGGUACAGUCCCAUCCAAAUCAACCGUCACUAAAAGAGGCAAGAAAAAAAAUGCAGAGGAAUCUGCUCCAGAAAACGGCAUUAGCGCCGAAUACAACAAGCCCACUAAGCAGCAGGCAAAGAAGAAGAAAGAGGAGGAUGAGCUGCCGGCCCCGCCGACCAAAAAACGCGGGCAGCAGUCGUCGGUUGAAAAGGAGAACAACGAGGAGGCUACAGAGCAAAUUGCAAAAAGCAAACCAGUUCCCAGCCGGAAAAGGGGCGCCGCCAAGGCGAAGGUUAUCGAGGAUGACGAUGAAGGGGAAAGCUCAAAAAGUAUGAGUAUGGCGGAGCAGGCCGGUUGCGGUGGUGCUGCCGUAUUUAAAAGCUUGCAAAACGUGCUCAAUUUAUGUUUUCCAGCAGCCAAGAAAGCUAAAAAAGUCGUGGAGGGCGGUGUUAAAGAGACAUUGAAUAAAGAUGCCUUCGCCCUGGCCGACGACAAGGAGUUCAAUUUGAAGAUUUCCAGCUGGAAUGUGGCCGGCUUGAGGGCCUGGCUAAAGAAGGACGGCCUACAAUUGUUGGAUCUUGAGGAGCCGGACAUUUUUUGCCUACAGGAAACGAAGUGCGCCAACGAGCAGCUUCCGGAGGAGGUGACCCGGCUGCCGGGAUACCAUCCAUAUUGGUUAUGCAUGCCUGGUGGCUACGCCGGCGUUGCCAUUUACAGCAAGAUCAUGCCCAUUAAUGUAGAGUACGGCAUUGGUAACGAGGAGUUCGACGACGUGGGACGCAUGAUAACAGCAGAGUACGAAAAGUUCUAUUUGAUCAAUGUAUAUGUGCCGAAUUCAGGUCGAAAGCUGGUUAACUUGGAGCCGCGUAUGCGCUGGGAAAAGCUAUUUCAGGCUUACGUGCAAAAGCUGGACGCUCUUAAGCCGGUGGUGAUCUGCGGCGACAUGAAUGUUUCCCAUAUGCCCAUCGAUCUGGAGAACCCGAAGACGAAUACAAAAAACGCCGGCUUCACAAAGGAGGAGCGCGACAAGAUGACGGAGCUUUUGGAUCUGGGCUUCGUCGACACCUUUAGGCAUCUGUAUCCCGACCAGAAAGGAGCCUACACAUUCUGGACAUACAUGUCGAAUGCGCGAGCCCGCAAUGUGGGCUGGCGUCUCGACUACUGCAUUGUAUCCGAGCGAUUCGUUUCUAAGCUAGUGGACCACACAAUUCGCAAGCAAAUGCUGGGAAGCGACCACUGCCCAAUCACCGUAUUCUUCAAUAUUUAGGAUGUACAUACAUAUAUACUCUUUGUGUUUCUGCUUGUGUUUAAGGUCUUAAGGUCUACUACUUUGUGUGUGAACUGUUUUUCGUUUUGGUGUUGUACAUUUUGCGUGUUUAUUUGAUUCCAGCGUGACAAGUACCGAUACAUUACUUUGUUGUAGAUCAAUCAUCAAAAUUUGUAUUUUUUAAUAAAGAAAACACAUCACAAUCUUCUCAUCUUA